AUGUAUUCCUCACUGUGGCGUAUUCGGUCUCGCAAUACUGCAACAGACAUCUUGAAGCAACACGACGUGGAAAUCGCAAUCGUGACUCACUUUCCACACACUCCCGGCAGCGGAAGCUUCGGACGCCCGCGCGUCGCAUCCAUCACAGUAUCCUUGUCGAGACCCUUAGAUGGACAACACGCGCACGCCGAAAGACUCCCCUUGCCCCCAGUUCUCGUGAAACCCCUAUACCGCCAGAAACCUGUGAUGAAGCUGUAUUUCUCAUCGGCCAAAUCCAAGGGUCCGAAACCCGACUUUGUACAAAAUGGUACAGUAUUGCGAACAACCACGAUUCCUGGUAUGCCCGAGUAA